AUGGCGGACCUCAGUAGGGUCGAGUCGAUGCAGUAUCCCGCGGGGCAUCUCUCUCAUCUCUCCGACAAUCAACAAGCCCGCCUCGACGAGUUCAAGAAGAUCAUCCAAGAGGCAGGCUACUGGACGCCUACAUCGCCACUAAAAGCAGCCAGCCAUGACGAUGAGACACUGCUGCGCUUUCUGCGCGCGCGCCGUUUUAUCCCACACGAAGCCUUUAAACAGUUCAAAGACACUGAGGAUUGGCGGAAAGAUAACCAAUUGAGUGAAAUCUUCAAUACAAUCGAGGUAGAAGAGUUUGAGCAAACGCGCCGUCUGUAUCCCCAGUGGCUCGGUCGACGCGACAAGCGCGGCAUUCCCCUCUUUCUUUUCGAAGUCUCGCCUUUGAACACAAAGAACAUCUCUUCGUACGAGAAGCAGCUCGCCAAAUCCAAGACGACCCUACCCAAUGUUGCGACCAAGAAUAUCCGCCUGUUCGCCCUGUACGAGUCCUUGACACGAUUCGUCACGCCGCUAUGCUCCAUGGUCCCUCGCAACCACCCCGAGACUCCUAUUUCACAAAGCAACAACAUUGUCGAUAUUAGUGGAGUGGGCCUGAAGCAGUUCUGGAAUCUUAAGGGACACAUGCAGGAUGCUUCAGUCCUGGCGACAGCGCAUUACCCAGAGACGUUAGAUCGGAUAUUCGUUGUUGGUGCACCCGGCUUUUUCCCCACUGUUUGGGGCUGGGUCAAGCGCUGGUUCGACCCCAUCACCGUCUCCAAAAUCUUCAUCCUCUCCCCCGCCAACGUCUACCCCACACUCUCCCAAUAUAUCGACCACGAGAACAUCCCCAAGAAGUAUGGCGGCGGCCUCGAUUUUGAGUGGGGCAGCAUGCCAAACAUCGAACCCACCAUCGACGCGCAGCUCAAAUGGGAGAACCCAUCUAUACUAGAUGGGAGGAAAACGUUCCCUAUCGGACCAAUAAAGUUCGAGCAAGGACUGAACGGAGAGAUGCAGGCAUGGGGCGUGGGUAGUGAGAGCGGGACGCCAAGGAGGAAGCUCGUAUUUACGAUUCCGAACCCUGUGGGCUACAAGGACGGAGAUUUACCAGCACCCAACACGCCUGCAUUCCAAAUUGGGGACCCUCUUACGACGGUGGGCACGGCGACACAACCACCCGACAGCGUAGUCGACGAAGCGAAUAUCGAUACGCCGCCGUCUGAUACGGAUUCAACCCCAUCCGAAUCAUUGACAACGUCUGCUACGCCCGCGUCAUCGACUUUGCCUGUGAGAGCAGGGACAAGUGAGCUAAGGUAUGAGCAACAAAAUUACACACAUGCUGCCGGUCAACUUGCCGACGGCACUCCCCACGCUGCUGUAAACGACCACGGUCACGGCGAUAAGACAGUAACAAUAGAACCCAACACCGUCGGCCAGGCGCCCAAAGAAAAGCCCCUCCCUCAGCCAGAGCAGCCUCCUGCGCCUGGAUACCUCGAACAAGCUCAAAAUGCUGCUGCUUCGGCAUCUGCUACCGUCACAUCAACGGUCGGUGGCUUGGUCGGCGCCGUGACGGGGAGCAAAAAGGAGGAGGAGAAAGUUGAGGAGCCCGUUAGAUCAAAGAGUCCGCAAGAGUUGGAGAUGGAUCGCAAGAUUGAUGCGACCAAAGACCAGAGUGUAGAAGCGUUCUUGAGGGAUCAAAGCAUGAGUAAAUCGUAG